CCUGGGCGUGGCCGGGAGUCUCUGAAGGUCGCAGCCGGGGGCGGAGCCCCGAGAGCCCCGCCUCAGACAACUCUCUCCUUUGAGAGAAGGAACGUUGAAGAGGAAGAAUGACCCCUGUACUUGUGGCAGCCAGCCGCGGCCAGGGGUCAGUGACCUUCCAGGAUGUGGCCGUGGUCUUCACCCCGGAGGAGUGGGGGCACCUAGAACCUUCUCAGAAGGAGCUGUACCGGGAGGUGAUGCUGGAGAACUUCAGGAACCUGGUGUGCCUGGGGCUGGUGGUUUACAAACCGUCUGUGAUUUAUCAGCUGGAGCGAGGGGGAGCACCGUGGAAGCCGGGGGGAGGAGGCCGGAGAAGCGGCUCUUCAGAUUGGGAGACUCUGCUUGAAGCCAAGGAGUCACCUCCAAAGUUGGUCAUUUCUGUGGAAAAAUUAUCCCAAGAAAUACUCAGAAGCGAUGAUCCUUUCAUCUCCAGAUUGGGAGGAGUCUGGGAAUAUUGUGCCAAGUUAAAGAGUCAGCAAAACGAUGAAGAAAAACAUUUUCAGCCAUCUAAAGUCAUGGUAAACAAGUCUAUGAAUAAAGUGAGAAUCUGUGAAUAUAGUCAACAUAGGCGAAACUUCAGUCUGGGGCCAGUUGUCUUUUCAAAACAGACAGUAGUAGGAAAGAGUUCCCAUAAAUAUUCUACCAAGAAAAAACACAAACUUUAUGUAGAUUAUAGAAAAUAUAAUCAAAUGUGCUUCAAGAAAAUAUAUUUCAAUUAUAAUGAAUGUGAAAACUCCUUUAGGUAUAAUUUAGCACUUAUUAAAAAUCAUAGAAAAUCUAGUAGAGAGAAACAUUUUAAAUGUAAUGAAUGUGAGAAAGUCUUCUACCUUACCUCACAGCUUACUCAACAUCAAACAGUUCAUUCUGGGGAGAAACCAUUUGACUGUAAUGUAUGUGGGAAGGCCUUCCGCCUGAGAACACAGCUAACUCAACAUCUGACAAUCCAUAGUGGUGAGAAGCCUUAUGAGUGCAAUGAAUGUGAGAAGGCCUUCAGCCAGAGGUCACAGCUUACUCAGCAUGAGAGAAUUCAUACAGGACAGAAACCUUUUGAAUGUAGUGAAUGUGGGAAGGCUUUCCGCCUGAGAACUCAGCUUAAUCAACAUCAGAGAAUUCAUACAGGAGAGAAGCCUUAUGAAUGCAGUGAAUGUGGGAAGGCCUUCAGUCACAAAACAGAACUUAAUCGACAUAAUAGAAUUCAUACGGGAGAUAAACCUUAUGAAUGUAAUGAAUGUGGGAUGGCAUUCCGCUUAAGUACACACCGUAUUAGACACCGGAGAAUUCAUACUGGAGAGAAACCUUAUGAAUGUAAUGAAUGUGGGAUGGCAUUCCGCCUGAGAGCACAGCUUACUCAACAUAAUUAUCAACAUAAUAAAAUUCAUACUACAGAGAAUCGUUAUGCGUGUAAUGAGUGUGAGAAGACUUUCCGAUACAGAAUAAGUCUUACUAGACAUCAGAGAAUUCAUACUGGAGAAAAGCCUUAUGAAUGCAGUGACUGUGGGAAGGCCUUUAGCCAAAGGUCACAACUUAAUUUACAUCAGAGAAUUCAUACUGGAGAGAAGCCUUAUGAAUGCAAUGACUGUGGGAAGGCCUUUAGCCAGAGGUCACAACUUAAUCUACAUCUGAGAAUUCAUACUGGAGAAAAACCUUAUGUUUGCAAUGACUGUGGAAAGGCCUUUAGCCAGAGGUCACAACUUAAUCUACAUCUGAGAAUUCAUUCUGGAGAGAAACCUUAUGACUGUAAUGACUGUGGGAAGGCUUUUAGCCAGAGGUCACAACUUAAUCUGCAUAAGAGAAUUCAUACUGGGGAGAAACCUUAUAAAUGCAGUGAGUGUGGAAAGGCCUUCUGUCAUAGAUCAGGGCUUACUCAACAUCAGACAAUUCAUACUGGAGAGAAACCGUAUAAAUGUAAUGAAUGUGGAAAGGCCUUCCGACAGAGGAUAGGACUCACACUACAUCAGAGAAUUCACACUGGUGAGAAACCUUAUGAAUGCAGCGAAUGUGGAAAGGCUUUCAGUCAGAGGAUAGGACUCACUCUACAUCAGAGAAUUCAUACUGGUGAGAAACCUUAUGAAUGCAAUGAGUGUGGAAAGGUCUUCAGCCAGAGAUCACAGCUCACUCAACAUCAGAAAAUUCAUAUUGGAAAGAAACUUUAUGAAUGUCAUGACUGAGGGAAGACCUUUCUUCUGAGCAAACACCUUACUCAACAUUGGUUCAUAAUGAGGGGACACAGACAAAAGGACAGUUUUAUUAUUACCAUGUUUAGUAUACUCCUUGAAAAAGAGACAAAACUAUAACAAAUUCCAUUUCAAAUUCUAUUCUUUGCAUAUAUGAGUUCAUGUUUCUUGUUUAAAUUCAUAAUAAAAUAACUUUUUUUUCUAAA